GCCAAUGCUGCAACUGUUUCCAUGCCGUAUCGUCAUGAGAGAGUGUUCAGGAGUGUCGUUGAAUGAUCCUUGAACGUAUACAAUCGGCUAGAGUCACACAAUAAGAGACUGCUGUCACCGUCCGCGUUGCUAUACACGCCAUGGCCAACGAGGUCCAGUUCGAUGCAGCUUUGGACCUGCUGCGGCGACUGUCACCACUCAAAGUCUCUGAAAAUCUCACUGCCAUCACCACUCUCGUUCCUGAUCUCACCGAAGACCUGUUAUCCUCUGUCGACCAGCCCCUAAAUUCGGCACGUUGCAAGAAGACAGGCAGAGACUACCUGCUGUGUGACUACAAUCGAGACGGAGACUCUUAUCGAAGUCCUUGGAGCAAUGAGUUCGAACCACCUCUGGACGAUGCCACAUAUCCGAGCGAUCGCGUGAGGAAGAUGGAGGUCGAGGCCAACACAGCCUUCGACGUCUACAGACAGAUGUACUACGAAGGUGGCACCGGAAGUGUCUAUCUCUGGGAUCUUGAUGAUGGGUUUGCCGGAGUGGUGUUAUUGAAAAAGAAUGUCGCACAAGAAGCCGGCUGGGAUAGCAUCCACGUCUUCGAGGUCGACGAACGAAGAGGCAGCGGAAGAACCUGUCAUUAUAAGCUGACGAGCACUGUUAUACUUCAUCUGGGACGAGAAAGUGAAGGCGUGGGCUCCUUGACCCUGGCAGGCAGCAUGACCAGACAGGUCGAGGCUGACCUGGUAGUGGAAAAUGUUGGCGGACAAGGCAAGGACGGAGGCCAUGUCUGCAACGCUGGGCGACUUAUUGAAGACAUGGAGGGCAAGAUGAGAAACAUGCUUCAAGAAGUUUAUUUCGGCAAGGCGAAAGAUGUGGUGGGCGAUCUACGCAGUGUGGCAUCAUUGACUGGGGUCAACCGAGAUCGACAAGCUCAGAGAGACGUGAUAUCAAGCAUGGGCGGCAAAUGAACUUUACGACUGACGAUGCUGUGAAGGGCGUCAAGGAGAAGAAAGGAGCCUCAUGAUAGCCAGCUCGGUGUGGCCGACUAUCUGAGGACGGCCAGCCACAUUGUGCAGAGCAACGAAGAUGAUGAAUGCGGUUCGGGUGCCGUGUGCCAGUCUGGUACUAUGGUGGAUGCUGGACGUGUGAGAGCCUGUGUCUUGGUCGACAGAAAGAACGCGAGCAGUUGGCCAGAUGCUCAAUCGUGUUCCCGAGUAAUGCGUCACUGGCAGCUCCUACCACAUAGAUGUUGUUUACGACAGAUGAAUGCUACAGCCUGCCAGCAUGGUGGGGUUUGGAGCAAGUCCUUGUCAGCAACUUCCGUAAAUGCACUAAACUUCUCCUUCUUUCUUUCCCCAGAAAU